AAUUGAACGUACCCAGAGUGCGCCUCGGUUUGUCGACGUGCGGCGUGCGGAGUUAUUGAGCUCUCAUAACACCGAGAGUGCUUGGUUGGAGGUCACUUAUUACGUGUUUAUUCUUUUAAAAGUGGACACUACGGUGAGGUGACGGGAGGACUGAAAUGGUGUUUCUGACGCUCUCUUGUUGGAUCAGAAGCCGAGGACCCGACAGAUACUGGAAGGUCCAGGAGGUCCUCAAGCAUGCACGGCACUUCAGAGGCAGGAAGAACCGCUGCUACAGCCUGGCCGUGCUGGCUGUCAGGAGGGCGUUCGUGUACGCCACCAAAGCUCGGAAACUCAAGAAGCGCAACAUGAGGACGCUCUGGAUCUCACGGAUUGCUGCAGCAACACGAGAGCACGGCAUGAAAUAUCCCGCCCUCAUGCACAAUCUGACUAAGAGCAGCGUCCAGCUCAACCGUCGCGUCAUCAGUGAUCUGGCCAUCACAGAGCCUCGGUCGUUCCUCUCACUUGCAAAACUGGCAAGGGCUCGGCAACAAGAAGGCUUCAGGGCAGCACUGGGUGACGGCAAAGAGCCUUCUGGUGUGCUCUCCCGUGUCGUUAUGCUGCAGUAAAGGUUUUUUUUGUUUUGUUUUUUUUUGGGGGGGGGGGUUUAAAGAACAGCGUUCAUUAAAAAAACAAA